AUGAAGGUGACGACUACAGUCCUCCUAGCAAUCGUCUCGGUGGUCACGGCGCUGCCCCAGGGCAAAGCCGCACAGCCAGAUGAAGACACCCGGGAGCUCACAUGGCCUAGCACUGGCGUUAUCUUCACCUUCGAGGGCACCCGGGCUUCAAUCAACAUCCGAAAUGUAACCGGCACCACCAGCGCAGAUCUGACCAUCGACGGCGGCGAACCUAUCCUCAUCGCCAAUGUCGAGGGCGAUUCAAUCGACACGCCCUCUCUGCCCGACGGAACCCACACGGUCGAGCUCCGUAAGCGCUCUGAGACGUACUUCGGGACGUUUCGCGUCAAAGAUGUGACCACGGAUGGCCAGUUCCUCUCGCCUCCCGACCCUAAACGCCGAAUUGAGGUCAUUGGCGACUCGCACUCUGUAGGGUACGGCCUCGACGGUAUCUUCCCCUGCACCGACUCGGCACUCGUACAGAACAACCCGAAGACCUAUGGAGCAGUGACGGCUCGCGCCCUCGAGGCCGAUUAUUCCGUUGUGGCAUGGAGCGGCAAGGGUCUCAUUCGCAACUAUGCGUCUUCACCACCUGAUACCUCGCCUCCUAUGCCGGUUAUGUAUACCCGCUACGGCGCUAACGACGCCGAUGGCUCUCAUACCUUUCCUCGUACUUGGACUCCCGAUGCUGUUGUCAUUGCCCUCGGAACAAAUGAUUUCAGCUACCUGGGGGUCCGCGAUCCGGUUAACCCGGCGGAACUGGUCAAAGCUAUGGUUGCUUUCGUUAAGAAG